AUGUCCCGUAUUUCCGCCACCUCCACCACUCCUUCCCGCGUAAGAGCCGCGAAUUCGCACCACGCAGUCAUUUCUAGACCUCGAGCCCAGGAUGACAACGGUUUACCGGGAGCUAAACCGAAAUCCUCCGGUAACGAUGUGAAGAACGAUCCGGCUAAGAACCGGCGGUCAAUUAUGCUUAAGAGAGCGAAAUCCGGCGAGGAGGAGACGGCGAUUUUGGCUCCUCAGAGAGCUCGGUCCGUGAACCGUCCGGCGGUGGUAGAGCAAUUCGGCUGUCCGAGGCGGCAAAUUUCUAGGAAGAGCGAAGAGACGGCAAUAGCUGCGACGGCGGCGGAGGAUGAGAAGAGGAAGCAAUUGGAGGAACUGGAGGAGAAGCUUGCGGUGAACGAGUCGCUGAUUAAGGAUUUGCAGUCGCAGGUUUUGAAUUUGAAAACGGAGCUAGAGGAAGCUCGUAGCUCCAAUGUAGAGCUUGAGUUGAAGAACGUGAAGCUUUCUCAGGAUCUCGUUUCAGCUGAAGCUAAGAUCUCAUCUCUUUCCUCCAACGACAAGCGAGCUAAAGAACACCAGAACACGAGAUUCAAAGAUAUCCAGAGGUUAAUCGCCAGCAAAUUAGAGCAAAUCAAGGUAGAAAAGGAAGCAGUGGUAGAAUCAUCAUCAUCAAGCUCCAGUAGAACAAGAUCAUCUCCACAAUCACCUUCAAGAUUACCUCCAACGCCUCCGAUUCCAAAGUUUUUAGUAUCUCCAGCUAAAAGAAACGAAGCUUCCUCUUCACCAAUCGCACCACCAACCCCACCGCCUCCUCCUCCGCCACCACCACCUAGGCCUCUCGCCAAAGCAGCUCGCGCUCAGAAAUCACCGCCAGUUUCACAGCUGUUUCAUUCGUUGAAAAAGCAAGAUAACAGUAGAGAUCUUUCGUCGUCUGUUAAUGGAAAUAAGUCUCAGGUUAACAGUGCUCACAACAGUAUAGUUGGAGAAAUUCAAAACCGUUCCUCUCACCUUAUCGCUAUAAAAGCGGAUAUUGAAACAAAGGGAGAUUUUAUCAAUGAUCUUAUCCAGAAAGUUCUCACCACUUGUUUUUCGGAUAUGGAAGAUGUCAUGAAGUUUGUGGAUUGGCUUGAUAGUGAACUAGCAACUCUGGCUGAUGAGCGAGCGGUGCUUAAGCAUUUUAAAUGGCCGGAGAAGAAAGCAGAUGCUCUGCAAGAGGCUGCGGUUGAGUACCGCGAGCUAAAGAAACUGGAAACAGAACUUUCUUCCUACUCUGAUAAUCCGAGCAUUCACUACGGCGUUGCCCUGAAGAAAAUGGUCGACUUACUAGACAAGUCGGAGCAGAGGAUAAGGAGGCUAGUCAGGUUACGUGGCUCAUCACUACGUUCAUAUCAAGAAUUCAAAAUCCCAGUCGAGUGGAUGCUUGACUCGGGAAUGAUAAGUAAGAUCAAAAGAGCAUCGAUCAAGCUUGCUAAGACUUACAUGAAUAGAGUUGCGAACGAGCUCGAUUCAGCUCGUAACUUGGAUAGAGAGUCUACUCAAGAAGCGUUGCUUCUCCAAGGGGUCCGGUUCGCAUACAGAACGCACCAGUUUGCUGGUGGGCUUGAUCCAGAGGCAUUAUGUGCAUUAGAAGCGAUAAAGCAACGUGUUCCUGAUCAUGUCCGUCUGCCAAGAUGGAAUUUGGCCGGAGCUCCGUCGUAG